CUUAUACUACGAAGGGGGUGGAGCGAGUGGGACAGACGCGUCACGCGUGUGGUGCGCGGCUGCAUGUGGUCAUCCCCAAGAUGGCGGCGCGCGUCGGCUUUGGGAUCCUGGCUUUUUCGCCAGCCGCGCGCGCUCUCCGUAAUUCCCUCCUGCUUCGCUGCAUGGGAGCUCGCGCUCUUAGUGUCCCCGCCAGCCCCGGCCAUGACCCUCUCUCCCCGGGCUGGGGCUGGUAUGAGGCUUUGUCGUCGUCGGCUCCUGUCAUAUGCGCGGAGUCGAGCUUGGCCGCGUUGCAAGCCGCGUCAGGGCUGCCCUGGUGGGCCACCGUCGUAGCUGCCAGCGCCGCUCUCCGCACAGGCGUCACCCUCCCACUCGCUGCCCAGCAGGGGCGUGUCCUCGCCAAGCUGGAAAAUUUGCAGCCUGAAAUUCAAAGCUUAGCCAAACAUCUUCGAUAUGAAGUUUCAGUUUGUGCCAAACAGCAAGGUUGGUCUGAAAAGUUAGCCAGGGUCUAUUUCAAGAAGAAUCUGAAAAGAAUUGUUUCAGAGUUGUACAUUCGUGAUAAUUGCCACCCUUUCAAGGCCAGCUUGCUGAUAUGGAUACAGAUUCCAAUGUGGGUCUUUGUUUCCAUAGCUUUGCGUAACUUCAGUGUUGGUAGAGCAGCAUCUGAAGGUGUGUCUAUUCAGGAGCAACUUUCCACAGGAGGAACACUCUGGUUUAUGGACCUCACUAUACCUGACUCAACUUGGAUUUUGCCAAUUACUCUUGGACUCCUUAAUCUUCUGAUAGUGGAGAUCUUUGCUUUGCGAAAAACAGAACUGUCCAGGUUUCAAAAGUACAUCACUAACUUCUUUCGAGGGAUGUCUCUGCUUAUGAUCCCAGUUGCUGCAACUGUACCAUCAUCCAUAGCUUUGUACUGGGUGUCCUCAAGCUUCAUGGGCCUUUUGCACAACCUUCUCCUACGGUCUCCUACAUUCCGUAGACUAUGCCAUGUACCUCGGACCAAGUCUGAUUCGGAGACUCCUUACAGAGACAUUGUUGCUUCUUUCUAUGCGAAAUAUUUCUUGAAAUGAAAUAUUUACCCUUUAAGAACUGUGCUAUAAACCCAUGUGACUGAUGGAAUUUGCAAAGGCUCGUAUUUAAUGUGGAUGCUCCCUUGAACUAAGCAGGACUGAUACUGCAUUUGUCAUAAUUAAGAGGUAUAAUUGAAGUGUGUGGUACCUGUUGGCAGAGUGUAGAAAUGUGUGCCCCUCUCAUUGUUUUGUCUGACUAGCACACUUGACCCUUGAAUUGUGUGCAUGUGUUCAACAUGUCUAGGAUUUCUGAAAUCUUGGCUGCUGCUUCCUAACUGGUUAGAUCAGUUCUCAGUGAGAUUACAGUAAAUCUUAUAUGCAUUCAGCUUGCCAUCUAAGACCCAUUUUGCACUUUACCAGGCAUGAAAGGUGUGGGGUUGUCCCAAAUGUUCACAAAAGUAACUGUGACUUUCCCAGGUCCUUGGGAUAUGUCCCCUGGAACAAUAUCUCCCUUUCACAUGAAGUGUGAAAUAUUAAUGGGACACUGAUGUUGCCUAGGCUAUUGUGUGAACCACUGACAUAACAGACACUGUCUUUUCAUUCCUCAGGUAGGAAACUGAUUUUUACUUGUCCCUUUAUAUGUAUUAUGUACAGCUGGCACUCCUGUAGCUGGUUCUUGAAGUUCUGAUUUCUUAUUUCAAGAGAGUAACUUAUUUUAAUUAAGCUUCUCUGACCAAAAGUAAACCAAAGUUAAGUAAAAAUAAGUGCAACCACUUAUUUGAAUUCUCACAGACAGGUAUGUUGCAGCAGUGUCAAGCUUUGGAAUGUGUAGGCACAAUGUCCAAGAUGCUACCAGAUAACAUUACACAUUUACUUAUGAGCAGGAAAGUACAUACAAAUUUUCUUGAAACUUUUGAUUUGGAAAUGUGUGUGUGCUUUUAACUGUUAUAAAGUGGCUUAAUACCACUGCUGGGGAGGGGGCACAAUUACUGUAAAGUAACUAUUUGAAGAUUUGGGAUUAUGCUUUUGGGGGAGAUAGCAUUUUGGAAUGUUACUUAAAAAAUUCAAAGGAAUGUUAAUCUUGCUUUAACUACAGAAGUUCUGUUGUCAGAUGAAUGUAUUAAAUAGGGUUGGAGCCUUCUGAUCACCUAAA